CAGCCGCACCAUGGCUCUGAAGGUCGAGGGCGCCGCGCUGGACUGCUUCGAGGUGACGCUCAAGUGCGAGGAAGGGGAGGAUGACGAUGAGGCCGUGGUGGUGGCGGUAAUCCCGCUGCCGGAGCCGAUGCUCAGAGUGACCCAACAGGAGAAGAUCCCACCACCUCCGCCCAGCCUACUGGAGGCAGGAGGUGAUGGCUGCGAGGAGCCCAAGCAGCAAGUGUCUUGGGAGCAGGAGUUCCUGGUGGGGAAUAGCCCGGGAUGCAGCGGGCGGGCCCUGUGCAUGGUGUGUGGGGCCGAGAUCCGCUCCCCAUCAGCCGAGACAGCUCGAACGCACAUCCUGGAACAGCAUCCCCAUACCCUGGACCUGAGCCCCUCUGAGAAGAGCAACAUCCUGGAGGCCUGGAUUGAAGGGGUGGCCCUUUUGCAAGAUGUUCAUGCUGAGCAACCAUCCCCACCCAGCUCAGAAUCAAGCCGGGAUGCCAAACCAGACCCCAACGCCAAUGCAGACUCUGCUGGGAUGCCAGCGAUUGUGGUCCUCCUGGACUCUGAGGACAACGCGUCCCUCCCGAAAAGGAGCCGGCCCAGGGGACUCCGCCCCCUCGAACUGCCUGCCCGUGGUCAGAGAUGGAAGGAACCCCCUGGGGAAGAGCCUGUCAGGAAGAAGAGAGGCAGACCUAUGACCAAAAACUUGGACCCUGACCCAGACCCGCCAUCCCGUGACUCACCCACAGAGACCUUUGCAGCACCAGCUGAAGUCCGACACUUCACCGUUGGCAGCUUUCCCCCUGCCUUCGUCCUCCAGCUCUUCUCCCAUACCCAGCUCAGGGCCACCGGCAGUAAGGACUCGCCCAAGGAGGGCAAAGCAGCAGAAGGCCUUCUCCAGCCAGAAAGCCCCACUCCAG